UUUAAUAAAAAACGCCUACCGUUGUUUUUGACCGUUGGCAACUCAUGAGCUCUCGAACUGGGCAACCUGCGCACCCUUCUCUCUUCUCGCUUCUCUCUUCAUCACUCCGCUUCCUUAUUCAUCACUCGCUGUGAGGUUCUUUGUUGUCUCUGUGUACUCGUAUGUAUUUGUCGUCCAUCAUCUUGGUAAGAAGAUGCAAGUGCUUCAGGAUGUCGUCCUACAUGUGUACGAGUUGCAGGCCCCCGCUGACCAGCAGCAACAGCAACAAUCAUCUGGUCUGCGAGCUCUGAGUUUCUUCUCCCAAAUGCUCCCAUCGAUGGGGUACGGCGCCUACCACACAAGCCUGGAGGUGAUGGACGAUCGGUACACGUUUGCGGCGAAUGCUGGCAUUGUCAAGACACGCUCUAGCAACGAAGCUGUUCCUCCUGGAGCCCUUUACAAGGAAGCCAUUCCUUUGGGAGCCUGUUGUGUUCGAAGUCGCGGAGAACUCCACGAAAUUGUCACCAAAUUGAGAGCCGUGUUUGCACCCAACGCCUAUCAUCUCGUCCAUAGGAACUGCAACCAUUUUACGGAAACCUUUGCCACGGCGAUUAUUCUCCAAGAUGCACUGGCAGAGCCAGGAAAUCACCACAGACUGAAGACCUACCCGGAUUGGAUCAAUCGAUUAGCCAACACUUCUAAAAUGGUCGUGUCGCAUGAUGAGGACAUUGUGCCUUGUAAUGUUCUAGUGGAGGCACGAAAUGCAGUCGGAGCCAAUGAAAAAGUGGGCUGGGAAUUCUCCAGCAAGGCAUCCACCAGCAGCAAGAGAAACAGUAUUAAUAGCACUGCAAAAUCAUCCAAGAAGGAGCUGACGGAAAAACAAAAGGCUGCACUGGCAAAGAUACGGAACAAAAGCUAGCUAGUCACAUUCGGUAGUUGUGGGCGGAACCUAAUAUCAACAUUGACUUACUGAAUGUGUUUUUUUUUUGGUAUUGUUGAGCCAAGAAAGACACUGGAGCCAGCUGUAUAUCUCACAAGGGAGGCAUCGGCUUUGUGAGUAAGCUGCCAGUGUUAAAGGGUCGAUUACGAUAGGAAAUGAUGACAAUCAAAGGCGACGGCCAAUUACCUGGUACAUGUACAAAGUUACAAUGUACAUGUGUACCGGUACAGCCGUAGGAUGGCCUGGUGUUGUGAGUCGAGGAUUAGUUAGAAAACGAUAGAAAUGCUACGCUACGUCGGUGGAUGGUGGAUUUGUUUGUUGAUAUAGUCCUUCCGAGGUGGCUACAACUACCUGGUAGUAGGACUGUGUGGUCUUGACUAUUUAUUAGGCUCCUUUUUUAUUGUUU